CACUACACUAGAUUCCGGGCUAUCUAUCUGUAUAGCGCUACUCAGCCCGAUGGUCUCACGUGCUGCCUCUCUUUAAAUCCAGCUGCACCCGGCAACAUGCCCCUGCGUUGCUCGCAUAAAAAGUCGCGACAUGGGUGCACCACGUGCAAGCAGUGAAGAGUAAAGUGUGAUGAGAAGCGUCCGAUCUGCAGCAACCGUAGCCUGCGAGAAGAGACAUGCACCUACACGGCGCCCGGGCCGUAUCUCUUUGCGGAAAGACCGACAAGACGAUCCUGAAAACGGGCAUCGCCGUCGACCGGAAAUCAUAGCUCUCAGAACUCAUUACCCGACAGCCAAAAUCUUAUCUUACAAAAACGCACUCAUUCAGGUGACUCGCAAUCAACGGCAGGUGCGCCUUCGUUGGAUAUGACGCAGCUCGAACUCACACUAGAGUGGAUCAACCACACUCACAAGUGCUUUGCACGCAAUGAAGAGACGAGGAAGGUCUGGGAGAAGAUUGUGCUCCAGGAAGCCCUCAAUACACCGUUCCUGUUGCACGGCAUCCUGGCCCUGUCCGCUCUACACCUGUCCCAUCUAAGAGAAGAUGGGCGACAUGUCAUGUGGCUCGAUAUAGCCAUCGCACAUAAAAACACCGCUUUAUCUAUAUUCUCGGAGCAGCUGAACAACAUCAGCCAAUCCAACGCGAAAGCAAUGAUGAGCUUUGCCAGUAUGGCGUUUGCUUUCGGCCUUGCGAGCGCUCUGAAAAUGGGUGUUACCAAGGAGGGCUCGAAACUCGAAGCGCUCACGAAUGUGUUCGUUCUAGCUCGUGGAAUACAGUCGGUUAUCUUCAUUGAGGAAACUUAUAUACAUCAAAGCAGCUUCGCGCCUCUUUUCAACAUGACUCCUCCGGAAGUUACCAUUCCGGAGGAUGUCUUGAUGGCUCUUGACCGGCUCAAGCACUUACACGAUCGGUACAGUUUGCAUUCACCUGACCAUGAUCCUAGACCGUAUAAUACGGCAAUCAAUACAAUUGAACGCCUUAUCUCAUAUACGUAUAAAGAACCAACAUCGAUGACAUUGGCCGGUGGAUGGGCCAUGCGAGUUCCAGAAGAGUAUCUUGAUGAUUUGAAGAGCCGAAAACCCCUUGCAUUGGUGGUACUCGCACACCUCUGUGUGUUUUUGCAUCUGGGGCAAGAAAAUUGGUGCAUGGGGUCCUGGGGCCGCGAGGUCAUGGAAGAUAUCAUAGCAAUCUUGGACUCUGACUGGCGACCUCAUAUUAGCUGGGCAUCUGAGCAGGUGCUUGGCGCAAGGCUAACUUCAUGAUCGAGUGUCUACAUGUAUUACAACUAGCUUUUAUAUGAAACAAAUUGAUGACAUUUUUCCAGUUAGC